AUGGAGUCUGUGGCACUGCUCAGGCGGUGCUCACCCUUAAUGGUGAGGGACAACGAGUCCUUUCUUCCUCUCAACUGGGAUUAUAACUGUCUCACAAAUGGAAGACAGAGCGACAAGACGUGGAAUUCAGGUUCUGGUCACAGCCUGCGGAUGUUUUCGGCUGACUCUGCCAUUGUAGACUGCAUCAGCAGUGACCAGGUGGCUGAGUACAGGAGUGUGGUGGACAGGUUUGCGGAGUGGUGCGGAAUCAACCACCUGCAGCUCAACGUACCUAAGACGAAGGAGAUGGUCCUGUCGACCUUAGGUUUCCUGGCAACAGGCGUGUUCCAACGGGAAAUAGCCGACAGGUCUGGAAUUACGCAGUCCAUGAGCCACAUCCUGCCACACGUGUUGGCAGGGAUACGGGAUCUCGCUCCACGUUACAUCAGAUUCCCUUACAAUAACGCCGAGCAGGCGGUGACAAAGAGGGACUUUCAUGAGCUUGCCGGCUUUCCAAAUGUAAUAGGGGCAAUUGACUGCACGCAUGUGCGUCUGAGACCACCCUCGGUCAAUGAUUACGCAUAUGUGAACAGAAAGAAUUAUCAUUCAAUCAAUGUGCAGCUCAUCUGUGAUGCCCAUAUGCGUCUCGUUAACGUUGUGUGGUGGCCGGGGAGUACCCAUGACGCAUACAUAUUCCAACACAGCAGCAUGGCAAGAGGACUGCAGGAUGGCAUGGCGCACGGCUUUCUCCUGGGUGAUAAGGGAUAUCCCUUACUGGUAAAUCUCAUCACGCCACUGCACAACCCACUCACAGCGCAGGAGCAGCGCUUUAACCUGGCACACACAAAAACCUGUGUGGUUGUGGAGCGCUGUGCAGGCCUGCUGAAGGGCAGGUGGAUGUGUCUCGGGCAUGCAGGAGGAACACUCCUGUACACACCAGAGAAGGUCUGUCGUAUAAUUCUGGCCUGCUCGGUGCUGCACAAUAUUGCAUUGGAAAACCAUGUGCCUUAUGGAGAGGGGAUCCCCAAUGACCGCAUCGAGCAGGAUCCGUGGCCAAUUCCUCCUGCAGCUCGGGCCAUUCAAUUAAGGCAGGAGCUCAUCCAUCGUUUCUGA